UUUAGAGCCACUUUGAAAAGAUAGACUAAUAAGUGUUGAAUCUCAGCCCCAUCCCCUGCAAUCUCGGCCGUCUCUCUGGGACUCAGUGCUCCUUCCUUCUUCCUAAAUCCUAAUCUGCUUUUGCCCAAUUCAGUUCAACACCCUUCACUCAUGGCUUCCUCUUCUUCCCUUCUUCAGCCUUUCUAAACGCCGAACAGUAAAUUAACCUGCUAAAGAUUGUUUUUUUUUUUACUUCUUAUAAUCAACAGUGGUGAAAGUGGUCAUCCUCUACCUCGUUCACUUCUUCUAAUCUCGCCUGACCCAAUCUAAUCCACUCAUCCUGUAAAAAAUCCAGUUGAACCUCAUCAAAGGUUCUUCCUUUCUCCAUCUAAAUACCAAAAACGCCACCUUUGGUCCUCUACCGUCAUGGAUCCCAACAAAGGUUCUUCCAAGAUUCCACCGGAGCCGCCCAAGUUUCUCCAGAACGCAGACAAGAGAGAUCCCUCCAGAGAUAGCAGAGACCUCCAAGUGCUCGUUUCUUCCACUUCUUCCGGAGCAGAGAGAGAGCUUCCCCUUGUAGCCGCUACUUCUACUAGCACAGCAGAGAAAGACGAUCAAAGGAGGCAGCUUGCGCCCAAGAGAAGCUCGAACAAGGAUCGGCACACUAAAGUCGAUGGGCGCGGGCGAAGAAUCCGGAUGCCAGCUCUCUGUGCUGCUCGAAUCUUUCAACUGACUCGCGAGCUCGGUCACAAGUCCGAUGGCGAGACUAUCCAGUGGCUUCUGCAGCAGGCGGAGCCUUCUAUCAUCGCGGCCACCGGCUCCGGUACCAUCCCGGCCUCCGCGCUCACCUCCGCCCCUUCUUCCAUUUCCCACACCAAGUUCAACGAGCCCCCGCCUUCUGCCAUGGCCACCUCUUCAAGACCUAAUUGGGCAACUGGCCUCUGGCCGCCGCCGCUAGGCAGCUUCGCCGGCUCUGGAUUCCUCCCCCAAACGAGCAAUCUCGGCGGCGAAGGGUCUGCUGGAGGGUUUAUGCAGAGGAUUGGUUUGCCGGGGCUCGAGCUGCCGGGUGCCGGGAUAGGCCAGAUGAGCUUUGCUUCAAUGCUAGGUGGACAUGGGCAGCAGAUGCCUGGGCUUGAGCUAGGACUUUCGCAAGAUGGGCAUAUUGGAGUAUUAAACCCCCAAGUUUUGAGCCAGUUCUAUCAGCAGAUGGGGCAGGGGAGAGGAGGAGGAACUGAGCACUUGCAGCAUCAUCUUCAUCAACAUCAGCAGACUCACCAGAGCCAGGGGUCUCUGGAGAAAGAUGAUUCUGAAGGAUCAAGUCAGUAGAUAAUAGUGAUGGUUAAAAAGGAGUUUCUUUGGUGGAAAUUUGAGUCAAAAGAUGAGGAAUUUUUCUGUUCUGAGUGCUAUAGUGUAAUGAUCUUGGAGGAGGAAAGGCUAGAUAAUGCAUUUGGUUUUUUGUGGUAUUUUGUUAGAGUUUUCUCCUUUCUCCUAAGACAUUCUGUAUGGAUUCUUGGCGUUUUCGCUUUCUGGUGUAGAUUGAAUCAAGCUGAAGCCUUGUGAUGGAAGUAUAUAUAUUGUUUACUCUGAGGUUUGUAGAUAUAGAGUUUGAGCCAUCAUCUAUUUUUUCUCUUUUUUUUUUUUUUUUUUUUUGUUUUUUUUUUUUUUGGAUUUUG